GUGGGGGCAGCAGGUGAGAAGGGGCUUGCAAGCAGGGGGAAAGGGCAUGCUCUCCAAGGCAGGUCCUUGGAUUUGAGAGAGAGGAGGAAGAGGAGAAGCUGCUCCAGAAUCCAUCUCUGUGAGAAAGGUCUUUCUUCAGUUGACUAAGAAUGUCUUUGGCUGACAAGAGACUUGAGAACCUACAGAUCUAUAAAGUUCUCCAAUGUGUUCGUCAAAAGGACAAGAAGCAGAUUGAGAAGCUCACCAAACUUGGAUAUCCUGAGCUCAUUAAUUUCACUGAGCCCAUCAAUGGAGACAGUGCCCUUCACUUGGCCUGUGUUGCAAAUGACAUUGAUAUGUGUAACUUUCUCUUAGAGAUUGGCGCCCACCCAGAUGUCCAGGAUCGAAUGGGGCGCACCCCAGUGAUGAAAGCUGCUGAGCUUGGCCAUGACUUGGCCUUGGAUGUGUUAGUCCAGGCAGAGGCAGACAUGACGAUAGUUGAUGCAGAAGGAAAAGGUGUCUUGUUCUAUUGCAUUCUGCCUACCAAACGACAUUAUCGGUGUGUUCAGAUGGCCUUAGAAUUUGGAGCAGAUGUUAACAACUGUACUUUUGAGGGGAAGCCUGUUUUUGUACAAGCCUGUGAACAAGCACACGAAAUAAAAGAGAUAUGUAUGCAAUUUUUGGAAAGAGGAGCAAACCCUAAUGCAACUAAUCCAGCAACUGGUCGCACUGCAUUGAUGGAAGCCUCGAGAGAAGGAGUUGUGGAGAUUGUUCGUGGUAUCGUUGAGAGAGGUGGAGAUGUUAAUGUUUUUGAUAAUGAAAGACACCACGCUGCCCAUUUUGCUGCCAAAGGAGGGUUUUUUGAGAUCCUAAAGAUUAUUUCUGCUCACAAUGGAGAUGUGGGCUUGAUUGCCAUGAAUGGAAACACACCCCUUCACUAUGCGGCUGCUGGAGGGUUUACAGAGUGUUGCCGGUUUAUAGGUCAAAGAGGUUGUGAUCCUAUGUGGAGGAACCUUGAGAAGAAAACACCAAGGCAGGUUGCUAAAGAUGGUGGUUUCAAAGGAGCAGUAAAGGAGAUCCGCAAAAUUGAACGUCGCUUUGCUAAAUUUUCUAAGCCCAAGCCUGGAGUGAAGAACCCCAACCCACGCUGGGCAGUUCGGCUGCACGACUGGUCCGUAGAACAUCAAGCAAGUCUUCGUGAGGCAUUUGAGCAAGCAGACCGAGGUGAUGGGACUGUAAGUAAAGAAGACUUUGUGUCCAUCCUUGAGGACAUGUGCCCAUUUGUGGAUCCUGAGAACAUAGCAACGAUUGCUCAGAUGCAUGAGAAAGCCCGUGGUGGUGGUGUUAACACUGAAGAAUUUUUUACAGGGAAGCGGUUCCUUCAAAAGGCCUUCCUCCUUUCAUCCUAUGGUCCCAAGAAGAAAAAGGGCAAAAAAGCAAAAGGCAAGAAGGGAAAAUUUGUUAUCCCCCUGCCAAUCUGUGUCAUCCCAGAGAGCUCGCGCCCCCGUCGGCCAGAUGGUGGGCCACCAGAAUACAUGAUUGAAACAUAUCAGAAUGUUACUGACAGCAGCCGGUUUAAUCGCGAUCACCCUCCUGAACAUCCCAUCCAAGAUGAUUCUUGGUGGUACGUUGAUGACCCAAUGAAGAACUUUUCCAACAUCAACUACCUCACAAAAGAUGGAGACCUUUCAUCCCUGAAAAAAGCCUUUGAGUCAGGUGUGCCGGUGGAUGUGAGAGACCAUUUCUAUAAAACUCCCUUGAUGGCUGCCUGUGCAAGUGGCAACCUGGAAGCAGUGCAGUUCCUUCUAGAAAAGGGGGCGAAUGUGAACGCAACCGAUAAUUUCAUGUGGACUCCUCUCCACCAUGCUUGCCAUGCUGGACAGCAGGAUAUUGCUGAAUUGCUUAUUAAUUCUGGGGCAAAAAUGGAUGCUGUUUCAAUCAAUGAUGGAACCCCAUUAAUGAGAGGAAUUGAGAGCUGCCGGUUGGAUACUGUGCAGUAUUUGGUCAACUCUGGUGCUAAAGUGCAGAUGCAAAACAGAAAGGGACUAAACAGCCUCGAAAUUGCCAAGGCUUAUGCUGACAAUCGGCUGGUCCACUUCAUUCAAGACACACUAGAUCGCUUACCAAAGCCACCAGAAGGCAAGGGGGAUAAGAAGAAAGGGAAAAAAGCCAAGCCUAAAGCACCAGCACCAGCACCAGCACCCAUCCCUGCACCUGCCCCUCCACCAGCUCCUCCCAAACCAAAGCCUGCAGAGCCUACAUCGAAAGAAUCCAUGAAAGAAGAGCCUCCACAGUUACCUGAACCAGUCGUAGAGAAAUCUCUCUUUGAAGAGAAAAAAGAAUCCCUCAGGGAUAAUGUCGUCCAUCUGAAUUCAUUGAUAACCAGAGGAGCUACAAGGAAAGUCAACAUCACUUUUACGCCACAGAGAAUUUGGAGUCCAGAGGCAACCACCAAAGACCUUCUUAGAAAGAGAGAGUUACGUCGGCAACGUUUUACAUAUGAGGUGGAUUUUGAGGACUUCGUGAUGCCAUUUAAGAGGAAUUUUAUGGACAAAGUCCGAGCACUAGAACGAUCUGCUGCCUUGCAUUAAUCACUGUUUCUACAUAGACACUCAAGAAGGAACAAACCUUGGUCUCAGGAGAAAUGCCUUUGAGAAGCUAUAAUCAUGUUCACCUUAAUUGUGAUAAAUGUUUUCUUCAUUCUCCAGUUGCAUCAUUUCAGCACAAGGCACCCUUAAUCAUAGGAGCAUCUUGCUUAACAUUUGGAAACAGAUACAGAUAGUUUUUCUUUUAGCAGCAGAGAUAACUUAUGUUGUAUGAAGUUUGCAGUUUACAUCCCUUGUUAUGUGGAAAGUGGACAUAUUGUUACCAUCUUCCAUUCUAAUAGAUCUUUUAAAACAUAGUUGUUGCUUCAGGAAAGAGAGACUGUUCCAACAGAAACUUGAAGCCAAUUAUUUCCUGGUGCUAUAAAUAUCCAUUCCACUGAACUAUGUGGCUGAUAUUUAAAUCUAGGGCAGCUCUGUACCCAGGAUUUGUGCAAGUUUGUAGAAUUUUUCCUUGAGAAAAUUGUCCUGGUGCAAAUAAUGGCACAGAGGUCUUUUCUUAUUUCCAUGAGGGUGCGUAUAAUGUGAGAAAGCACUUGGUUUAAAUGUAAUUACAAGCACAAUGAAGGAAAGUGUUGUUGGCUUCUUCACUUCAGUGUUGAUUAUGUCCUUCUAUCUUUUUAAUAGGUGCAGGGUAGAGAGUCUUGAUCAAUGAGAGGAGAUAAACCCAAAGUAAAACAUAAUUCUAAAAUGUUCUUCUUUAAUUCCUAUAUGAAUAGGCAUCCAGAGCUGUUUAAGAGAGUGAAUAAUAUCAGAGUUUGGAAAAAUUUUGGACACUACACACCUGGUUUCUUUAGCAGCUAGAGCUAUGCUGAGUGGAAAUUCUUGGUGCUGUGGCCCAAAAAAGUAACAUCUGAGCUCUAGCUAAUGCUAAAUUUCUUCAUAUCUAGUUAUUGAUCUUAUUGGCCAUGGUGAGUGACAUUUGCCUCUGGGUUUGCUUCCACCUUUCUCUACCUAGGAAAAACUGAUUUUGAUUCACCCAUGUUCUGCUGUCUCUUGUAUUUGUUUUCAUAGUGCUGUUAAUCAGACAGGUAGUUCAGCAAUAAUCCAACAUUGAUUCCAGAGUACAUUUUAUAUAUAUUGAAAUAAAGUUGGAGAGCCCCAUAGAGGGCUGGAUUACCCCCACCCUUACAUGUUCUCCUCUGCCAGAUGAAAGAUGUGGUAUACAGUCUGUGAUGCGAAAGCUGUUUCUGCAUGUAGGCAUUUAAGCAGGCAUAGUUUCUCUUGGCUGGGGGAACAUUCAGGCUGGGCCAACCUAGCCCAGAUCCCUCCCUGCCUGUAGGCUUUAAAACCAGCUGGAUGAAAAGUGACAUUAGGAGCAACUAUUAGUGCUGUCCUGAUGAAGCACAGCACAGCAAUAA